AUGUCUGCUGCUGUUCGCGCUUUCUCUUCAAUCAAGGGUGCUGCCACUACCCAUCGUGUCGCCUUCAAUAAGGUUGCUUCUCGUGCAUAUGCUUCACAAGCCAAGAGUCUCAAGGAGAGAUUUGCCGAGUUGAUUCCAGAAAAGCAAGCUGAAGUCAAGGAAUUCCGUAAAGCCUAUGGAAACAAGGCACUUGGAGAAGUGACGGUUGACCAAGCUUAUGGUGGUAUGCGUGGUAUCAAGGGUCUUAUUUGGGAAGGCUCUGUCUUGGAUCCUGAAGAAGGCAUCCGUUUCCGUGGAUUGACCAUUCCAGAAUGCCAACAAAAGUUGCCAAAGGCACAUGAGGGUGGUGAACCAUUACCAGAAGGUCUUUAUUGGUUGUUGUUGACAGGCGAAGUACCCACUGCUGAACAAGUCAAGGGUGUAUCAGCCGAAUGGGCGGCACGUUCAGCUAUCCCCAGCUUUGUUGAAGAGCUCAUUGAUCGAUGCCCCAAGACACUCCACCCCAUGUCCCAAUUUUCUUUGGCCGUGAAUGCCUUACAACAUGAAUCACACUUUGCCAAGGCGUAUGCUGAAGGUAUCCACAAGUCCACCUAUUGGGACCCUAUCUUUGAAGACACCAUGGAUCUUAUUGCCAAGCUGCCCAAUAUCGCUGGUCGUAUCUAUCGCAAUGUUUACAAGGACGGCAAAGUAGCUUCCAUUGAUAUGGAUAAGGAUUACUCAUACAACCUUGCCAAGGUGUUGGGUUUCAGUGACAACAACGAAUUUGUUGACUUGAUGCGAUUGUACCUUACGAUUCACUCGGACCAUGAAGGUGGCAACGUUUCAGCUCAUACCACACAUUUGGUAGGUUCAGCUCUAUCCGAUCCCUAUCUAUCACUUGCUGCCGGCCUUAAUGGCCUUGCUGGUCCACUCCAUGGUUUAGCCAAUCAAGAAGUGUUACGUUGGACCCUCAAGCUCAAGGAUACCAUUGGUAUUGACGCUAGUGAUGAGCAAAUUACAAAGUACUUGUGGGACACCCUUAACAGCGGCCAAGUCGUUCCUGGUUAUGGUCAUGCUGUUUUACGCAAAACGGAUCCUCGUUACACUGCUCAACGUGAAUUUGCGCUCAAGCAUCUCCCCGACGAUCCACUCUUUGGUCUCGUAUCCAAGUUGUAUCACAUCAUCCCUGGUGUCCUUACUGAACAUGGCAAGACCAAGAACCCUUGGCCCAAUGUUGAUGCCCACUCGGGUGUGCUUUUGCAAUACUAUGGCCUCGUUGAGCAAGACUUUUACACUGUAUUGUUUGGCGUUAGCAGAGGAAUUGGCGUUUUGGCUCAACUUUGCUGGGACAGAGCACUUGGAAUGCCCUUGGAACGUCCAAAGUCAUACAGCACUGCCUAUCUCAAGAAAAUGUUUGGUGCCAAUUAA